AACUACAAUAUACUAAAGUUUGUUGGUCCACAACCUUCCUGCUUUUCUUUUUUCCGAUACAGGAAAAUGGGAAUUAUCAGGCAUUUUAUUUACCUUAGACUUUUUUUUUCAUAUAUAUCUUUACGUUUAGCAGCUAGUCACAGACCAAUGAUAGUAAAGCAAAUACUGACCGUUUAUCUUUUCUCCGUUAUUUGCUUUAUUACUCAAAAGCCUUUAAAGCAGUCUUUGUAACCUCUGGUUUGGUCCAAUUUACUAAUUGAGAUAAUCAGAAUCAUAACACAAAACAAUGCUGCUACAGUGUGCUCACACUGCUAUUCAACAUGUGAACCAGUCAAGACUUACAACCUGAGCCAGAACACAAACUCUUAAUCUAACUGUAAUUUAGACGAAGCUUAAAAUACUGUGGUUAGUAAGAAGAGUGUGUGUGGUUUUCUUUUUACACCAUGUUGGAGGACCAAAUGGAUCCUAGAACUUUGUGAAUCAGACACUAUUAAAAACUACACGUACUCGCACUCAACAUUGUGACAGUUUUGCUUAGUAGUUACUUCUGUAUUGUUUUUUACGAAAGGUUAUUCGAUAACAUAUCCAAAGAUGAAACAAUUAAAUUGCUUACACAAUUUAAUCCAGAAAGUUAUUUUUUCUUAGAACAAUCCUGAACAUUUAAUAGAUUUGUUUAUAAACAGAUAGCUGAUCAGUUGAAAAUGAAGUUAGCAGAUUAACUUAUAAUGAUUUGUUGCAGUCUUGAACACAACCUACCUCUAGCUUGAUUAGCUGCAACAGCAACAACAGUCUGUGUUUAAGUGAAUGUAUGGGCAAUAAAGAUCAGCAAUAAAAUAUUGUGUUAUAAGGGGCUUUCAAAACAUAUACUUUAAUUAUAUUCCCAGUUUUUUAGUUAUGUAUCCCACUUAAUUAUUUUGGGGUGUUUUGUGGCUGUUCUUUAGCACAGACUUGUAUUGUGUUAAAUUUUAUUUUGAAGUUUUUCACAUUGCAAACUAGUCUGUAUUUUUUUUAUGGCAAAGCGGUGACUGAGGUCAGUCUGGAACUUGAGAUAAUUAAAGCAGAGCACAGACAGUUCUUGUAACUGAGUCAAGGUUCAUAAUUAGCUGUGUCACCAUUGUCCCAUAAAAAGUACACACAAAUAUCAAAUGUACACUUUUACAGUUUCAGGGUUUCCUAAACCCACCACAGCCUCAGUGUACAGAGCGAUGCAUCAUCUGAAAACAACAUAAAAAUGCAAACUGCUUUCCUUUCCUUAUUUUGCCUUGCUUCCAGAAAAGUAGUCAAAUUUCAGGCUAAAUGAAUGACAUUCAGUGUUGUCAGGCAAUGUCAAACAGCAUGUAAUGAAUAAAAUCCCCGUUUGAAAAUAUAACUUUGUCUCUCCUUUUUUAUUCAUCAUGGCUGUGACCAUGUUUGUGUGUCGUGAAAAUAUGCAGUUGAAUCAUGUCUGGGCAAAUCUAUCAGGGGCGGUUGGCGGGUUUUUUUCCUCCUUCUUUUUUUUUUCUUUUUUCCGGAAACGAAAGUAAAAGCACAAAACAAAGCAUACCAAACAUCAUGUCAGCACAGAGGUAACGGUAGACAAAGGAAGAGAAGAGUGCACAGUAGAGGCACCACAUGCAUCCAUCGCCCUGAUUCUAUUACAGUUACCUGGAAGACGACCCAGUGGCUGCCUUUUGAUGCCAGCCUGCUGCUUUUAAUGCAGUAGGUCUGCAACCAACACAAGCCAGUUAGACACGCAGCAAAAAUGGAGCUCCAGGUUUGUCACUCCUGCGGAUGGUCCAAAGUGACAACUUACCAGGGCCUGAGAAUUCACCAGGGGAAGAUGGGAUGCACCCCGAAGGGUGUGAGGGUUUCAGACCCUCCACAGCAUUACACACAGAGCUAUGUGGGACACACAAAAACUCAAAUGGACCUCAGGCUAGAUGUCCGCACCUCUUUCAAGAUUGAAACAACAGAAUAUUCAAACCUGAGCCUGCGGGUUUGUCACUGCGGAUGGAAUAAAGUUACGACUUACCAGGGUUUAAGAAUUCACCAGGGGAAGAUGGGAUGCACACCAAAGGGAGUGAGGAUCCCCCAAAAGGAGCAGUACAAAUGCAAAAAUCAGUGGGAGGAGGACACGAAAUACUGGAAACCAGCUAAGAAGGCGACUGUAAAGGAGGAGAAUUUUCCAGAGUCACCAAGCGUGUACGGCUAUGCCAACUCUGGAGCAACGGCCAUAUUCAAGGAAGAAAACAAACUGACAGCUUCUGCAUAUACACAGCACUACUCCCAAAGAGCCAGAAAGUCGCAGCAUCAGCUGCAGGAACACUCCACCCUUCCACAGGUGAGCAGGCCUGCCAGGGAGCCUUCAGCACCACCAUACCCAGGAAAUGUAGUCAGGCCUAAGGAGAAAAAAGUAAAGGAGAAAACAUUAUCACAGAUAGAAAACAGCAGCACGAUGGUAGAAUACCUGAGUGUUGACCUCUGUAGAGACUAUGCAACAACAGCAACCAAAAUCAAGCAGGAGCCCAAAUCACCACUUCACACAACUCCACAGCCAUCUUUCCACAGAGCCAGCCGUCGCCUGCCGCAGGAGUUCCCCCCUGGUUUAGAGGUACAAAGAUCCUUGCCUCCAACUCCUCCACCACGGGAACAAACAGUGCUGCCUAUGAAAAAAGACAGCAGGGAGCAAACACGGAUGAACAGACCUGCCAGGCAGCCUUCAGCACCAUCAUACCCAGGAAACAUAGUCAGGACUAAGAAGAAAAAAGUGAAGCAGCAAACAUUUUCACAGACAGAAGACAGUAGAGAAGUGGCAGGAUAUCUGAGCAUUGACUGCUGUGCAGACUAUCCAACAACAACAACCAAAAUCAAGGAGGAGCCCAAGUCACCACUAGCAACCCCACAACCAUCUUUCCAAAGAGCCACCAGCGUUCAGCAGCAGGAGGUUCCCCUGGAAGCAGCAGUGAUGCUCAAAAAUCAAGAGAGGAAGGAUCAAACACAGAAUUCACCAGGACCAGCAAAGACAAGCAGCAGUAACAGCUCUGCAGCAACGUUCAGAGAGGAUGAAUACGAAUCAGCAGCUUCUGCACAACGCUCCACCCAAAGAGCCAAUAACUCAAAGUCAGACCAUCAACUUUACGAGUUCCCCACCCUUCCACAGGUGACUGCACCUGCCAGGGAGCCUUCAGCACCGCCAUACCCAGGAAAUGUAAUCCAAUCUAAGGAGGAACAAAUAAAGCAACAACCAUUAUCACAUGCAGUAGACAGUAGUGCAAUGACAGGAUAUAUAAACAUUGACCCAUCUGCAGACUAUGCAACACCAGCAGCCAAAAUCAAGGAGAAGCCAAAAUCACCACCCCCAACCUCACAACCAUCUUUCCAAAGAGCCACCAGUGACCAGCAGAAGGAAUUCUCUAUGGGUUUGAAGGUUAGAAGAUCUGUCGGAGAACCUCCAAGUACUCGAGAACCGGAAACAGCAGAGCUGCUAGAAAAGAAAGAGACGAAGGAUCAGAGACAGAGGAUGAGUCCAGCAACCACAAACCCAGCACCAGCAGGCCAAGCUGAGGAAAAUCACACACAGAAUCAAACAUUUUCACAGGCAAGCAAAUCAGCCAGAGACCACCUGACAGCACCACCUCCGGUCCCGCCGAAGAAGAAGCAUUCGGCUUUAUUCAAGGAAAGGCUGGAGAGGUUCAAAGCUGAAUUACAGCCAAAACUUCAGAUGACAGAGGGGAAGAACUGUGAAGUCAGAGCCUGCAGACCAGAGAACGUUUCAGAUGUAAUGAGUGCAAACACACAAACAAGUCCUGCAGCAGCGGACGUCUCACCGAAGGACAAUCCAACACAGUUGGAUCACGCUGCAGAGGCUGAGCUCUCCACUGGUGUGAAGGUGAAGGAACUCGCCCGCAUGUUUUCAGCCAAGGAAACGCUGAUUUCAACAAAGGAGAAACACGGAGCCAACCAAAAACCAUCUCAGGUGAAACUGCUGGCUCAAAGGUUUUCAGUCAUUUCUGCCCAGGAAACAGCAGCCAAAGCAAAGGAGGAGCACGGGGAGGAGCAGAAACCCACACAGAUGGUGACAGAUUCAAAAAGCGAUCCCAUUGAAAUCAAUUCUGCAGCAGCGAAAGCAUCACUAACAGCAGAGAAGGAUCCCAAAAUAUCGUGUGAAAAUGCACCACUCUCAGAUUUCUCCUCUGGUUUGAAGGUGAAGGAUCUGGCCCGGAUGUUUUCAGCCAAUACAACACAGGAGAAAACAAUCGGACUAAAAGAGAAACGGAGAGAAGAACAGAAACCUGCAAACGGGGUGAAGCUGCUUAUCCAGAAGCCUUCAGCCAGGGAAACUAAAGAUCAUCAAAAAGAGAAAGACCCAGACAUGAAGGAUCGAAACCACUCAAAGUGGAUAUAAUGCUGGAUCCGGGCACAGGGAAGCAAGUGAGAGCCAGAGAAGAGAAGCAGAAAGCUCCAGAGGCUUAGAUGUAAUUCAACAAUCUGCUUGGGCUCAGCUGCCUGAUCCAUGGGAAAUCUUACUGGGAGGUGGAGGUUAGCAACACGAGCAUCUGGGUGUAAUAAAAGCCAGCACAAGCCGUAAGGAGAACCUCUCUCAAAACCCCAAAAAUGAUUCCUGGAUGAUCGCAAAAAGAUGACAAAGUCUGCACAGUCCUCACAGAACCACCUGCUUCCUUUGCCCAAAGGAAAACCUCACAAACGUUGGAGUUUUUGUGGAUUACAAGGAAGGUUUUGCGUCAUUCUGCGAACCACAGAGUGUUUGUUUACUGGGGAACUUCACCCCUAUUUCAGUUUGCAUGUUAAAGAAGAUGGUGCCACUGCUUACCAUCAGUAACUAUGCAUGGGUGUUUGUGUAUAUGUGCAGUUCUUAUUAUUAUAUUUUUUCUUUAAGUGCCAUGUUUGGUAGCAUAUGCGUAAGUUCUGCCUGGGUGUUAAUGGUAAAUCAUUCAGUCCCAGUCUGCUGUCAUGUAUAAGCCUAGAUGUUGCUUUUGUUUCAUGAAAAAUAAAUAAACUCAUCUAUCUCUCUGUCUCUCUCUUCCUUAUCACCCAGUGAGGAGGAUAUGACAAUUACAGAGUGCAGCUACUACACUUUUAUUAGUGUUCAGCAUGAAAAGCAUGAAAAAAAGCCCUGCGUGCUAAAUGAGGAGUGUCUUUUGCGCCCCACCUUCUCCUUUACACUUUACUGUCUAAAAGAAUCAAAUACAUUAAAUACCCACCUAAUCGUUCUAACGGAUGUCAUGUAAAAGAUCGCAUCAGGCUUCCUUUCAGUUUUAAACUUUGAUUUUUUGGGGGGAUUAUAAUAUUGGUAAAAAACAAUCCACUUCUAACCAUGAAAAACUAAUUAACUGAUUAAACUCAUUAUGACUUCACCUUGACUGCCUGUCUUACACAUUAAACGGCUUUUAUCGGAAGCUUGUUUUAAUAAGUAUUGUGCUGCUGUUGUAAGCUACGUUAAAUACUGUUAUAAAAAAUAUCAGUUAAAAAUAUUCAAAAUAUCAGAAUCAGGAAGAUGUCAGCUGUGUUUGUAUU